CCCGCGUCGAGCUACCCACUCCGCAACCAUGGCCCAAUCAAUGUCAAUACGACCUUCCCGGUCGUCAUUGCAGUCAUUCUUUUCUUCAAUAUCAUCUCGCCCCUCUAUCCGCUCAUCCCAGUGCCAAUUCUCCCUCCAGCAGAUCCGCCAGGAGUCAACACGAAAACGGCUGAAGAGAAAACUAAAGAUCGCACCGUCACCCGCCUUCACCUCGUCCACCGAGCAAUAUGACCACAUCCUCUUCGCCCCUCCAUCAUCGGCGCCGAACAUCUACCACACGCCGCUGAAGUUCCUCCCAGCCCACGAUCCACGGCGCCAUAUGCUCUCUUCAAUGUCCUCCGCUCCCGCAUCGAUCACCCCGACCGGCACGCCAUUAACCGUCGAUGCGCCCAACUCGCUCAUGACCGCCCUCAAAUCCGUCUCCUUAAAAACGCCCACCCAAACCAUCUCCCACUCCGAAUCCGAGACCGCGCUCGGCCCCGUCAUCGGCCCCACCGGUCGCAAGGGCUAUCACCUCACCGAGCAAGACAUCAACGAGAUCCGCCGCCUGCGGCUCAGCGACCCGAAGACGUGGACGGUGGCAAAGAUAUCGCAGAAGUUCAAGUGCACGGAGUUCUUCGUGCGGAUCGUCGCGCGGAAUCGGGAGGCGGGGAAAGAGCAUAUGAGGCAGAUGGAGGAGGUGCAGAAAGGGUGGGGGACGAAGAGACGAGAGGCGAGGGAGGAUAGGUAUCGGAGGCAGGUGUUGUGGGGGAGAGGAUAAAGAUGGAGCGGAUUGGGUCGGAAGACAAUGUAGGAUAGGAUUACACGGGACGAGCAUAUUGUGGAGAAGUUGGGUUCAAUUGCAUCCAUGGAGUCGGUAUGGACUUCAUAUCAGGCUACAUCAGGCGUCAUCUCUCCAUUUGUUCGAGGCUCGGAUGUACAAAUAGACCUGGGACUUUCCAGGCACUGUAUUAAAGCAUAUUCAAACCGCUCUAACUGUGGUAGCUAUCUUCGCCUUGUUGCCUUGGCCCCUGUAGUUAUACAUAUACGUAUCUAACGCCGCUGCAUAGCAGGGAAC